AUGACUGUAAACGGCGCGAACGGGGUGAACGGCGUCAAUGGCGCUCGUGCGAAGCACGAUGUUUCUAGCUUGAAGGUCAACCAAUCGCGGCUGAUGGACGCUAUCCAUACUGGCUGCAAAUAUGGCGCUGCUCAUCGAUAUGGAGAUGACCCUGUCGAAACGGGCAUGGCAAGGCUGAGUCUUAACGACGCGGAUAAGGACGUACGCGACUGGUUCAUGGGCGUCACGGAAUCGUUAAAUUGCAAGACGAGUAUUGACCAAAUGGGAAACUUGUUCGCUGUGAGGCCGGGAAAGAACACAAAAGCGCCCCCGAUAAUGAUGGGCUCGCAUCUCGACACCCAGCCAACGGGCGGGAGAUACGACGGCAUUUUGGGCGUCAACGCCGGUCUUGAAGUCCUCCGCGUGUUGCACGAAAACAACGUCGAGACCGAAGGCAGUAUCGGAGUGGUGAAUUGGACUAAUGAAGAGGGAGCCCGCUUUCCCAUGAUGGCAGUGUCGUCUGGCGUCUGGGCUGAGGCUGUGCCUUUGGAUACUGCCUGGAAUCUGCCUGAGGUGUCGCCAGGAGAGGACGGCCAACGAAAGACAAUGAAGCAAGAACUUGAAAGAAUUGGAUAUCUUGGGCCACAACCGGCAUCAUACAAAGCAUUUCCAAUAGCUGCCCACUUCGAACUUCAUAUUGAGCAAGGACCCAUACUGGAGGUGGAAAACAGGAGAGUUGGAGUCGUCAAAGGCGUGCAAGCAUUCAAAUGGUUCGAAAUCACAGUCAAAGGCCGGGACACCCACGCCGGAACGACUCCUUUCCAUGCCAGAAUGGAUUCCAUGUUGUGCGCCGCAAAGCUGAUCGUUGAGUCUAACACCAUUGCAAAGAAGCUCGGAGGUCUCGCGACAACCGGCAUUCUAAACCAGCAGCCGGGGUCGAUCAACACCAUGGCUCACACUGUGACCUUCACUCUGGAUAUUCGUCACACUGAGGAUGCCAGACUCGCCGAGAUCGAGCAAACCUGCCGAUCGGAAUUUGCGAGGAUCGCAGAGAAAGAGAGCGAGAAAGGGUGCACGGUGGCAUGGAAAGAAUUGGUGGAUAGUCCGGCAGUCAACUUCCAUCCGGACUGCAUUGCAGCCGUUGAAGCAAGUGCAAAGGAGGUGUGUAACGGCCUGCCCAUGACUGCAGAUGAUGGACAGUUGUGGAAAUAUAUGAUCAGCGGCGCCGGUCAUGACAGUUGCUACACAAACCGCCGUUGUCCAACAAGCAUGAUUUUUACCGUCACCAAGGACGGAAUCAGUCAUAACCCAAAGGAAUACUGCAGUCCAGAAGACUGCGCCAUCGGGACCCAGGUGUUGCUCGGUGCCGUGCUCCGGUAUGACAAACUUCGAGCCGAAAGGGGUGAUCUCGCAUGA